AUGAAAAACACCUUUAGGAAGACAAAAAUCAAUCCAAAACGGCCAACUAGACUGACACAUAAAGAUCUGGGAGACGAUUCUGAUGAUGUUUGGAAGAAGACUCGGGCCGCAUGCAAGUCAACAAUAGAGAAAACGCUGUCGCAAAUACAAGCAAAACGUGAAUCUGUCGUCGACCCUGGUCAGUUAGCAUCUGAAUACGAGUGUUUGCUCUAUGAAUCACGGAAACAUAAUCUGGAAAACUAUAAGGAGCGAUUUCGAAAAGACUUGAUUGCUUUAAAAAAUCAGAGCACAGAAUUUGCCCAGGAUCUUCUCAGGGGUAACAUGUCCAUGAAAGAAUUUUGCAGAUUGAAAGAUUCAGAGUUGUUAUCAAAAAGGCAAAGGACCGAGGACAAACAGCUUCUCGAAAAAGAAUUGAAAAGUAAAAUCACUACAAACCUGCCAGAGACUAUCAAUCAAAUUAAAAGUCAAGCCAACACUGUAUCUGAAAAAUGGGGUAUCAGUGAAAGCGCUGCUAAAAUUGAUCCCGAGUUUGAAAACUGA